AUGGAUACGGCUGUUGACGAACUCAAACUUUUUGGCGUCAAAAAGCUUAUUCCAUUUAGGAUACCAACGCAGUUUAGAGAGGGUCGUUGCAGAAGUGUUUCAGAUUUUGAAAAGCUUAAUAGAAUUGGUGAGGGAACAUAUGGGAUAGUUUAUAGAGCACGUGAUUCCGUUACCGGUGAGAUUGUCGCAUUGAAAAAAGUUCGGAUGGAAAAUGAAAGAGACGGAAUUCCCAUUAGUAGUCUUCGAGAGAUAACUCUUUUAUUGAGCGUUAAGCAUCCAAACAUCGUGCAACUGAAAGAAGUUGUUGUUGGACGAAGCCUUGACAGCAUUUUCCUCUCAAUGGAAUAUUGUGAACAGGAUCUGGCGAGUUUGCUAGAUAACAUGCCAAAUGCAUUUACCGAGGCACAGGUCAAGGGAAUCAUGCUGCAGGUGUUUAAAGGCUUGCGAUUCCUUCACGAGAAUUUCAUUAUCCAUCGUGAUCUAAAGGUUUCAAACUUACUCAUGACGGAUAAAGGAAUGGUUAAGAUUGCCGACUUUGGUCUGGCAAGGCCGUCCAACUCUCAGCAUCCAAUGACACCGAAAGUUGUCACCUUGUGGUAUCGCUCGCCUGAGGUCUUGCUCGGCGAUAAAAUGCAAACCAAGGCCAUCGAUAUAUGGUCGGCUGGUUGCAUAAUGGGUGAACUUCUGCUGCACAAGCCACUGAUGCCCGGGAAGAAUGAAGUGCAUCAAUUGGAGUUGAUAAUUGACUUGCUUGGAACGCCAAACGAACGAAUCUGGCCCGUAGGUUCUUUUCUUGUCAGCUUACCAAAUUAUCUAUUGCCCCAUGUUUUGUACAACAAUCUGCGCCAAACCUUCCCGUGGCUCUCGGAUGCUGGACUGCGCCUGCUCAAUUUCCUCUUCAUGUACGAUCCGACGAAACGCGCUCGUGCUAGGGAGUGCUGCCAGAGCUCCUACUUCCGCGAGCAUCCCCUCCCCUGCGAGCCGGAAAUGAUGCCUUCGUUUCCACAGCAUCGCUUGAAGAGGAAGGCUUCGCCGGGUGAAGUCGCUGCCAGCGAGGCGGUACCGGGCAUUCCGGUCCUGGAGCCAGCUGCUGGUCUCUUUGACGCCGCCUUCGAUCGAAUUGUGAAGAGCAGGCGGAUCUAA